CCGUCCGGCCCGUCCGGUGCUGCCGGCGGCGGCAGCUUCGCCAACCACCGGCUGACAACAAAAACAAUCGUCGCUUUCUCUCAAAAGCGAUGCAUUGAUUCGCUUCUAAUUUGAUAAUUAGUGCGAUUUCCGGUUUCUCCACUGGCUGAGUUUUAGAGCGUUCAAAUGAUGGUUGUACGAAACGACCCGAAUAGACGGCGGAAACGUGAAGGUAGUGACACCCCAGUGGCUACCUCGGCUCAAAAUGAUGACAUCGAGAAGAGGACCAAAGUUCAUGCUCAGAGAAAGUUUGCACAAGGAUCAUCUUUGAGCAGUCCUUCCUUGACCCCUGUCAAGGACAAGACCAAGGCAAACGGAUUGGUGCCUGAACCUGUGGCUGAAAUGCUUCCAGCAAAGAGACCGAAAACCACUGAUUUCCUAACAUUCCUUUGUUUGAGGGGGUCUUCGUUUCUACCCACGAGAUUGAAUUUCUUCAACACACCACCUGCGCCUGUGAAUUCUGAUCAAGAGCCAAUUGUCAAUGGCCACACCACCAGCAAAGCAAUCUCUUCCAAAGCUGAGCGAGCCCCGGUUGAUCCGAUGGUCAGCAAGAAGGUAAAGGAGAUUGUAAAAGAUUCAAAGAAAGCAUCAACGUCGAGUACAGUGCAGGCUUUGAAAAGGAAGUACCAAGAGCAGAGGCUCACGUCCAAGACUAGAUCUGGAGUGCUGAACAAACUUGCACAAAAGGCAAAAGAUAAAAGUUUGUCAAGAACCAGAUCGGGAGUGGUUAUUGAAAAGAAACCCUCUCCCAAAAAGAUUGUUAAAACAGUGAAAGUUGUAAAAACAAAGCCGGUGGUCAAAGCAGCGCCUGCCAAGUCACAGGCCAAAGAUAGGCGUUCCACCCGCAGUUCUGGAAUUACUACCGAGCUGGCCUCACUUGUCCUUCCAGUGACAAAGAGGAAGAAGAGUACAGGCAGAGUAGGACUUAGAAGUGGUGGAAGAGUGGCGCCAAAAGCGCUCCCAAUGACCAAGAGGACCAAAUCUAAGGCUACUCCUUCCAAGGUAAAUUCAAGGGAAAAUGAAUCAGAAUCUGAAGAGUCUGAUUCUGAAGAGGAAGAAGAAAAGCCAGAGGUGAAUAAACCAAAAGCUGCACCUAAAGUAGCAAAGAAAAUGCCUAUCAAGAAAUCUGCUAAUGAGGCUGCUAAGAAGAUUUUCCAACUGGCAAAAACUGCUCAGCAGAAAAAGGCCCGUCUUCAGACUCGAAGCUCUGCGCCUGCUGCAAGUUCAUCUGAAAAGAAGAGUGAGCCUAAAAGAAAUUCCACUGCACCUACUCCGAGGCUCAGUAGAAAAACUAAGGAGGCAGCAACAAUUUACAUGGAGCUACUGGGCCAAAAAUGGAUGAGUCCAGGAGACGAAGACGACGAGGAUGAAGAGAGUGAUGGCAUUUCUCUUUACAGCUUCCCAGAGUUGCGGAGGCAGUCAGAGGAUAAGAAUUCUCAAUCGCCGGUAAACAAGCGGAGAAAAAUCAACACUGACACCAAGCAAGAAGAGGAAAAGAAAGACACUCCUGUAAAACGACUGCCGGGCAGGCCUAGAAAUGCAGACAAACCGAAGGAGACAAAAAAUACUUGUAAAGCUGUGGCAGCAAAACAAAGUCCGGCAAAGAAGGCAGUCGAAAAGAAAAAAGAAUCUUCUCCCAUUCCAAUGAGAAAAACAAGAGGCAGCAUUGCUUUAGAAACGUUCAAGUCUUCUGAUUCUGAGGACGAGACUUUGGAUAAAAAGAUAAAGAAAUCUGAAGAGAAAAAGAAGAAGGAAGAGAAAGAACUGGAAAAGCAAAUAGCAAAACCUGCCACUUACAUGAGCAAGAAGGCAAAAUCAGCCGCAAUCAAAGCUCAAAGCAUGAGCCAACUAGUGAGGUUUACAAAGAAAAAGUUCUUGAAUGUGAGGAAAUCUACUGAAGCGUGCAUUCAAGAAUUGGUUGCCAGCACUUUGGAGAGGCUUAACAAGCAGGAGGAGGAGGAAGCAGACGAAAUUGACUUGGAUUUAAUCAACGAGCCUAUCAUUCCAAAUAAAAAGAAGGAGCAACAAGCUGAGAAAAUGAAGGAAAGUGCCGCUGAGAAGAAGGAAGUUGAGCCAAAAAAGGUUGAUUCGAAACAGGGAAAGGAACUGAUUGCCAAAAAGUCAGCCUCAGUUGUCCCACCACCGGCAAAGUUGCUCCCAAAGAGCAACGACAAGUUCUAUGCCAAGAAAUCUGCGGCUAUUUACCCACCUUCUCCGGCCAAGUUGAAAAAGAUGACCAAAGCUGUAAACGAAAAAGAUGCAGAGAAAGAGCCCAAGAAAAUUGCAGAAAUUAAAAUAGCACCAAAACCUGCAGUUACUAAACUUGCUGUUAGCAAACCUGAAGAUCCAAAGGUUUUGCCUAAUCUACCUCCAGCUAAAGCAGUCCAGAUCACACAAACCGGUCAGAUUGCAGCCCCAAACUUUGUAAUGAUUAAUUCGACAAGCCAAGAUUUGGUCCUCAUCCCGUCGGCGUCAACGUCUGCAGCAACAUCUCCGAGCAAGUACAUCGUUUGUCGGAAGGAAACCAUUGUAACUGCCACUGGUGGGGUGCAGUACAUGAUGGUCCCUACAGACAAAGUUGUGCUGCCUGUACCCCAAACACUGACCGUUCAACCUCCAACACCAGAAGCAAAGAAACCAGUGGCCAAAAAGCAGGAGCCGAAAGUAACAGAGGAAAGCAAAAAAGUGAAACCACAGAGCUCGGCCCAAAUUCCUGCCGGUGCCACAACCUCCAAAAAGGCUACAACGCAAGACAAGGGAGGCGAGAAAAAGGCCAUUUUCAAAGGUGUUCGAGCAAAGAACGUGGCCAAGAGUGCAGGCGCCUUCAGUCCGGAGAAGGAGGACAGUGUCUACGCCUUUGAUACUGAUCCUGAGGAAGAUACGCCGACCAGCCCUCCAUUCAGGCGCAAGAAGGAGGAGUUGUCACCAGCUUCAAGCCUGAAGCAGAGCUCAAUUGCUGUGCAAGUGAACUUUGACGAGAAUGCUUCAGCCCCUGUGCAAAAGUCGAGUGCUCAGAAGACAAAAAAUACAGUUGGAACAGAGAGCAAGCCAGUUGAUGGCUCUGACAGACUUUUCUUCAUUCCGAUCCAACCUGGCGUCCCACUCAACCAGCAGAUCCAGGGUGUAGAAGUGAAAGUAGGCACCGAAGGACCAAACCAGAGGGUGGUCAUGCAAGCGAAACUAGUCACAAACCCGUCAGGAAAAUUCGCAUCGCCAAUGAAUGCCACAGGCCUCGUUAGAUCUUCUCAACACCCUGCUGCCACUGCUGGAAAAACAACCUUGAAAGCACAGCCAAAGAAAACAGGCCCACCAGCAGCCAAGACAACUCCAAAAGCAUCGCCAUCAGUGGCCCCUGCUGAAAAGAGCUCCUCAUCAACAGCCUCCACCUCUAAGUCUUCUCCCCAAGUCACUCCUAAGGUGCAGGCACAAGCUGCCAAGAAGCAACCCGAACCGACUACGCCUGUGACCACAACAAAGAGUGCACCAUCAACGCCAAAACCUAUAACACGUAAAAGUGUACCUAAGAAAGUGCCAUUGCAGAGGCAAAGUAGUUUUGGAAAUAGUUCAAAGGAAACGAAGGCUGUCAGAUUAUUUGAGCCUCAGCCAACGCCUGCCAAGUUCCCAACAACUGGAGGUACAGAUGGCACUGUUUUCGAAGCACCAGUUUUUCGUCCCACAGAAAGGGAGUUCCAGGAUCCCUUCGAGUACAUUGAGAAAAUUAGUGCCCAGGCUGAGCAAUUUGGCAUCUGCCGAAUUGUACCUCCAUCUUCUUUUAAGCCGGAGUGCAAGGUCAGUGAUGACAUGCGAUUCAUGGCUUACAACCAGUAUGUGCAUAAGAUGGUGAACCGCUGGGGCCCGAACGCCAAAGAAACGGCUGCCAUUAAAAAACUUUUGAAAAAGCAGAAUGUGGCUUACACUCAUCCUCCAUGGAUUGGGGGUAUGGAAAUAGACCUGCCAAAAUUCUCGCAAACGGUGCGCAGUCUCGGUGGGCUAAAGGGAGUGAUAAUGAAGAAGCGCUGGCAAAAGGUUGCGGAGGCCAUGAAAAUUCCAAAGUCGGCUCAGGACAGGGUAUCCAAGCUGGAUGAAAUUUAUUGCCAGUUUCUGCUGGCCUAUGACACUUUGUCACCAACUGAAAAGCAAGAGCUGCUUGACGAAGUGCAAAAGGAUUGGGACGAGAAACAGCAGAACGACGAUGGCUCGUCAGACGAAGACGAGGAUGUUGAUGACAAUUAUGAUGAAAGUGAAGAAUGCAUUGCUAAGGGUCGAAAUAUGCCCCUAAGUGCGUUUUAUCGCAUUGCUCGAAACACAAUGAGCAUGUGGUUCAAAACAACUGAGCCGCCUGCCACUGAGGUGGAAGCCGAAUAUUGGCGCAUCACCCGAGAAAGAACCAACCACGUGUGCGUCCACUCUGGCAGCAUUGAUUCUGGGGUCUGGGGCUAUGGCUUUCCAACAAACAAGAACAGCUCCUGCGCCAAGCAUCCAUGGAAUCUGAAGGUGCUGAGCAACAACAAUGGCACCAUCCUGCGCAGCAUGGGAUCAGUGAUGGGCGUUACGGUGCCCACUCUUCAUGUCGGAAUGCUCUUUUCAACAUUCUGUUGGUACAGAGACCCACACGGUCUGCCUUGGAUCGAGUACCUGCACACCGGCGCCAGCAAAAUUUGGUACGGAAUACCGAACAGCCACAGCACAUCUUUCAAAAACGCAAUGACGACUAUAGUGCCAAAGUAUUGUAGGGAUAAAAACAUUUGGCUUUCAUCGGACACUGCAAUGGUGCCUCCUGAACAAUUGAUCUCACACGGCGUCUCUCUUUGCCGAACCGUGCAAGAGCCUGGCCAGUUUAUUCUUGUUUUUCCAAGGGCAUUCACCUCGAGCAUCAGCACAGGAUACCUGGUCAGUGAGAGCGUCUACUUUGCUCAACCCCGAUGGCUGAAAACUGCACAAGCUGUGUUCAGGGAGCUGAAGGAUAGCAGCGAACCAACAAUGUUCUCCCUAGAGAGGUUGCUCUUCAGCAUGGCUGAGGACAAUCGCUGCAGCACAGAUGUACUUAAGAUGGCUCUUCCCUUGAUCAAAGCCACUGUGGAGAGAGAGGAGCAACACAGGGACACUCUGAAGUUGUUAGGUCUUAGAAGUUCAGAGCGUCUACCUCUUCCGGAGUCUUCAAAAAAGGCAAGGAGUAAUUCCGAAGAGGACAAUGAAUACGAGUGCGAAGUCUGCAGAGCCAAUUUGUACCUGUCACUUGUGACAAAUUCUCAAGAAGAGGCCGUAUACUGUCUCCCCCAUGCAAUUUCCGUCUUGAAUAAUAAGAAGCACCAAUUAAAAAACAGCAAGCUCCUGUACACCUAUGAUUUAGACGAGCUGAAGGAGUUGCUGCUCAACGUUGAGGACAAAAUUGAGACCAAAGGCAGCAAGAAAAGCGCUGGAAAAUAGAGACUGACUUUUGGCAACCUUGCAUGACACUUUGCCUUUUGCUGAAUCCAAAAUUGUACCCAAUUGCCUUGAACACCUUUGAUAAUUUACUCCGCCAAAUGACGUUUUAUCUAUCAAAUCUUUAAUAGAAACAAAGAGCACCCCUUUAAAUGCAUGUUGUGAAAGAUAUAUCAAUAUUUUUACUACAAUAUUGAUGCAAUUAUGUGUACUAGUUAAAAUCAGGAAUAUUGAGUGUUCACCGCUUUAGGCUGUGUGCUUGCUUAUUACCCCUGCUUCGUUCCCUUACUUUUAUGUAGCUAGAUGCAUUUGAGUGCAGAGAGUGAUUAUCAAUGAGUUAGAGUGGAUGUUUAUUUCUUAUCAAUUUUAUUAACUCACAGUUUUAUGAUACUUUAAAAUAAUGUUUUGUAAUGCCGACCUUCAUUGUAACUUGAGUAUUUCAUUAAAAAUAAAAUUGGCCUCUUCUGCGCUCAUUAUACAAUCCAACUGUCUCAAUGCUUAACUAAAAAAUUUAAUGAGAACGGAAAUAAGACAAUGCCUAACUUUUUUCAGUCAAUAAAAUUUUUGUAUUGAAUUUGCCAGACUGAUUUGCGCCUUCUUGACAUGGUUAAGCCAUUGGUUCUGGUUUGCUGUCUUCAAGCUUAUCAAUUCACACUCACUACAAUAGUGCAAUGUGUGCGGUUAUCUUCUAAGCCUACUCCAGUAAAAGUUUUUUUAGGGGUCUAACUUUAGAGGAGAUUGCAGAAUAUAAUGAGAAAUAAACAUAAAACAGCAAUUGUGCAAACAUAUUUUUUUCAAAUUAUGUAAAUAUUUUACUUUGUAUAAACAAACAUCAAAAUUUUAACUUUCCAUGCUCUUUGACGUGCAGUGGCCAAACGAGAGCUAUUUUUGAGUGGCUCAAAGUAAAACCACACAAAAGAGCGCGCCGACCGUAAAAUUUUGUUAGUGCAAAGAGACGCGUAAAACUAGAGUGCCGUCUGUGUGUGUUGAGUGCAAUUCACGAUUUAAGUGCAAAAUUGUUUUGUCUUAAACGCAGCGGCGAAAAAGUGCUUGCACACUCCACGCGCUGCUGUUUAUGACGUCAUGAAACUGUACUUAGAUUGCUGACUGCACAUUACUUAAUAAUACUGCACUAGGUCAGUAAACCCAUCCAUCAUAAAAGGCAUAAAGCGCGCGCCAGAGAUAUAUGCGGGGCAAUGAUGUAGAGGGAGAGUUUGAAGUGUUUUCGCCAAAUCGAAUCCAAGGCAUUUGGGUUUUUGGCGGACCUCCCGAUGGUUGGGCCCUUUUGAUAUUAAUAUACCGUAUUUUUCAUUCUUUGUUUAUUUUAUGAAAAAGAGAGCGGGCGUGAAUGUGGACCGAUGAAAAAAAAGUCCAGGAGCAACACCGUUAUAUGUGUUCCUUUUUAUUCGCGCCGUCCCAGACACGCUUUCUAGUUCAACCGCCUACUUGUUCAAAAGAAAGGAAGGAUGAGGAUCAGCUCUGAAACAAAAAUUAAAUCUGAUCCGUUUUAUUGGAUGGACAUUAUUUAACUGUUUAAUUACACUUUUUAACUCUUUGUCAAAUCCAUUUAUAUUAAAUGUGGUAUCUCUUUUAAUCAGCUUAAUCCGUUCACUAAUUCAGUCCAAAACUUAAAGCUCAGCAUUAGAAUAUUUAA